AUGUUGAAGUCUCUUCUCGUUCUCGUUCUCCUCUUCGCCGUUUUCUCGUCGACAUCGGCUGAUGGUUGUGAAGACGUUCAUUGCCCACCGGGAACACAUUGCUUUGCCAAAUGUGGAUGGUCUGGGUUCUGUUCUGGGGAAUGCAUGCAGGACACUCUGAUCGUCGACGAGCCGGCUGCUCAAAUGACUCAACAACAAACGAAAUUGUCUGAAUUACGUUUCAAUCGUCUCGUUAAUAAGAAGAACGUU